UCUCGCACAUCCAAUCCGAUCUCUGCAGUGAUUCAAUUUAUCAGAGGUCUGUAGUUCACAGCGGAGUCAAGUAGUUAGUUCCUUGAUUUCAGCGGAUUCUGCUUUUGUGUCAGUUUCAUUGUGGGUGUAUCCGUUCAGCUGGGCUCUCUUUGCUAGUUUUUGUUAUGUCGACAUUGGGAACACUGAGUUACUACGCUGAAUCACACAUUCCCCACGAGAAUGACGAUCAUUUGGCGGCGAGGUUCUCAUCUGGCCCCGUGGUCCAGGAGCAGGCUCGGGAACUGAUGCUUCUUGAAUAUGGCGAACAGGAGCAGUACACUUUCCAAACCAAAUCCUCAAUUUUUGGUGCGUCAUGGAGUCCCAUGCCCAUUCAGCCCCAAGGCACAUCCAUCGCAUACCACCCAUACAUUCAUCACCCCUGCUCAACAGGAGAAACCGACGGAGCAUCCGUGCGUUCCUCCUGGGCGUUAGAACCGCUGCCUGCCCUGUCCUUCACGGGAUUAUCCACAGAUACACACCAUGAUAUAAAACUUGAACCACUGCUUGGGAGUGGCGAGUGCACCACGCAUACAUUACUUGUGGCCGAGCCUGACAACAAUACGACUCAAGCAGAGAGGAAGCUACUGGACGAUGCGCUUUCUAACGGACCUCAGAAUGAGAAAGCUCCAGCAGAAAGAAAGGCGGAUCUAGACCCAAAUAACCCUGUGUCCAACUGGCUGCAUGCGAAGUCCACUAGGAAAAAGCGCUGUCCAUACACUAAGCAUCAGACUCUUGAGCUGGAGAAAGAAUUUCUGUUUAAUAUGUACCUCUCACGCGACCGUAGAUAUGAAGUGGCAAGACUUCUAAAUCUCACCGAGAGACAAGUCAAAAUUUGGUUCCAAAACCGUAGGAUGAAGAUGAAGAAAUGCAAUAAAGAUCGUCCAAAAGACAUUUAAAAAGUGGAAAACUAUAAACGCACUGUGCAGUGGAUGAAGUCAUUUGGCUCGUGCGAAAGUGUUUGUGAAUGAGCCUUUUUCUUCUUGCACAACCACGGUAGAUUGAUAUUGGUAGAAUUAAUUUUGUAAUGUUAGAUGUACAUUGCACAAACAAGGGUAUGCUUGAAUAUAUAAUUGUGUCCGUGUAUACAGCUUGUAUGGUGAUAGUUCUCUUAUUUGGUUUAGCAUUUCGAUUUCUGUGCAUUUUAAAUGUUAACAUUUUGUUUAAGUUUUUAAAGCACCAGUUCAUAAUUUCAGGGAAAUGCUUUCUGCUAUGUGAAAUGCUGAUGAUAUGAAUGAAUUUCAGAUUUUCUUUUUUAAUUCAUCAAUGACUUUUAGAGUAAUGUAUCCAUGUUUAAUGUGACUACCUAGAUGUAUUUUGAACUACCUAUGUAUUAAGAUUAAUUUAUGCUGUGUUGUUUGUCAUUGAAAUAUUUCAGUGAAUUUUGUACCAUUUACGUGCUUGUAAUGUUAUACGUGAACACAUAAAUUGCAUAUGCCAAUACCUCAAAUGUUAGCGAGUCGUUUUCAAAUUAAAUUUCACUUAUGUACAAGAAAUAAAUUUCUGAUAAAC